ACGGAUACAGCCAGCAUCAGGGAACUCAAGUUUAGCGCUCAGUGAGCCUGCGCAUGCCGCAUGCGCCGUCCACCGCUUCCGUAGCUUUACGUACGCCAGUAGAGACGUGGCUAGGGAGGCGGUGUCUGUUGCGCAGGCGCACUAAGUCGCCGCCGUUGAGUCCGUGUUGCCGGCCGGCCUGAGAAAGGGGCGCGCGGGGCUGAGAGGCUCCGGGUCUUGAUCGCGGCUCCCUCCCACCCGGGGUGGCGGGGUCCUGAGCGCCGCGCGCGGCCGGAGAGAGGUUCUCCGGGCCAUUCUUUUCCCCCUUCCACGAGGCAAGUACCCGCCCGGCGGGGCGGCGGCGGCGGCGGCUGCGGCCGGAGCCAGGCCGGAGGCUGCGGAGCCCGGCCCCUUUCCCCCUCUCCGGCCUUCCCCCUCCCCGGCCGUCCCCCGCCGCCAGCAUGAAGCUGGUGAGGAAGGAUAUCGAGAAGGACAACGCGGGCCAGGUGACCCUGGUGCCCGAGGAGCCCGAAGACAUGUGGCACACGUACAACCUGGUGCAGGUGGGCGACAGUCUGCGCGCCUCCACCAUCCGCAAGGUGCAGACCGAGUCGUCCACGGGCAGCGUGGGCAGCAACCGCGUGCGCACCACGCUCACCCUGUGCGUGGAGACCAUCGACUUCGACUCUCAGGCAUGCCAGCUGCGGGUCAAGGGCACCAACAUCCAGGAGAACGAGUACGUCAAGAUGGGCGCCUACCACACCAUCGAGCUGGAGCCCAACCGCCAGUUCACGCUGGCCAAGAAGCAGUGGGACAGCGUGGUCCUGGAGCGCAUCGAGCAGGCGUGCGACCCGGCGUGGAGCGCCGACGUGGCCGCCGUGGUCAUGCAGGAGGGCCUGGCCCACAUCUGCCUCGUCACGCCCAGCAUGACCCUCACCCGCGCCAAGGUGGAGGUGAACAUCCCCCGCAAGCGCCGGGGCAACUGCACGCAGCACGACCGGGCCCUGGAGCGCUUCUACGAGCAGGUGGUGCAGGCCAUCCAGCGCCACAUCCACUUCGACGUGGUCAAGUGCGUCCUGGUGGCCAGCCCCGGCUUUGUCCGGGAGCAGUUCUGCGACUACAUGUUCCAGCAGGCCGUGAAGACGGACAACAAGCUGCUGCUAGAAAACCGGUCGAAAUUCCUUCAGGUACACGCCUCUUCUGGGCACAAAUACUCAUUGAAAGAGGCCCUUUGUGAUCCUACUGUGGCCAGUCGCCUCUCCGACACCAAGGCUGCUGGUGAAGUAAAAGCCCUAGAUGACUUCUAUAAGAUGCUACAACAUGAACCUGACCGAGCUUUCUACGGACUGAAGCAGGUGGAGAAGGCCAAUGAGGCCUUGGCAAUUGACACACUGCUCAUUAGUGAUGAGCUCUUCAGACACCAGGAUGUAGCCACCCGUAGCAGAUAUGUGAAACUGGUGGACAGUGUCAGAGAGAACGCAGGCACAGUUCGGAUAUUUUCUAGUCUGCAUGUAUCUGGGGAGCAGCUUAGCCAGUUGACUGGAGUUGCUGCCAUUCUACGCUUCCCUGUCCCUGAUCUUUCUGACCAGGAGUCUGAUUCAAGUUCUGAAGAGGAUUAAUGAUUGGCACUUGUAAAAAGACACCAUUUACUGCCCAACUCCUUCACCUACAUAAACUAAUAUAUAAAACAGAUGUUCUCAGAUCCAGUAUGAAAGCUGCUAGGGAGAUUCAGUUUCAUUUACAUGAGUGGGUGUUACUUAUCAGGCUAGUCUCUUUCUGUUGGAAGACCUAUACAACUAGAAAAUAAAUUAAGAGAAAAGUAAUGUCUAAUUUAUCCUUAUUCACGUUGGCAUUUACGUUUAGGAAAAAAUUGUUUAGAGAUACUUAUAAUAAUCAAUUUGAUACUUGGAAAAAUAGUUGUUACAUCAGCUGCAUUCAGUGUGUACUGUACUAGGGAUAAACUACUGUUUUUAUUUCUUCUUUGUAUUUUCAUAGUGCAUUGCAGUAAUUUUACUUAGUCCUUACAGAUGGCUAAACUGACAGUGUUUUUUGGAAGCUGGAUAGAAAAUUCACCAAAGAAAACCUAAAAACUGACAUUGUUAAGGAAAUUACAGGAAUUGAAUUAGAUCCUUUCUAACAUGACAAGAAGCCAUUGUACUUAUCCUUAAAAGUUAACCUCAUGCUAUACUGUACACUACUUAGUCUGCUAUCCAUGGAGUUUUAGAGCAGGAAAGAACCUUUGUAAAUAUAACACUUUUAUUUUACAAAUGAUAAACUCGGGUCCAGAGAGGUUCAAGUGACUUCCCUGAGGUCAAGCAGCUAAUUAUUAGCAAAGGUCACAGAGGAAUCCAACUUUGACUUCAUGUACAGUGGUCGUUCUUUUUAUACCAUGUACUUAUUUUGAAUUGUCAGAUUUAUUAAUAGUUGUAUUAUUAGGAUUUCAAGUUGUCUGGGAGCUUUAAAGCAAUAUUCUCUAUAUUCUAAACAAUUUUGAUUUAGUCAUUCAAGUGCAUCAUGAUUGAAUUGAGCCCAUAUGCAGCAAAAUAAGACAUGUUUGACUUGUUUUAUAAUUGAAAAAGGUUGCUAGGUAAUUCUCUAGUUCACUACAGUGUCAAAAAAACAGUAUCCCUGUUUGAAGUGGUAGGUUAUAUUUUGCUCAUGGUCUGUGGCUAUCAAGUGGAAAGUUUUAGACAUUCAUUAACUCCUUAUCAAUCGGAAAUGAUAUAAUUUAUUUCCUGUUCUGACAGCUGACACGUGUAAAUGAAGUCUACUGAUAAUCCUAACCACCAUUUUAGCCAGUAUUUUACAUGUGCCUUCCCAGCAAAUCUCUUAUUUCUAAAUCCAGGCCUCUCCUCCACCCUGAAAUGUUUCCUCCACGAACACUUUAAAUAAGCUUAUAUCAUAUUUGACAAAAUGAAUAACAUUAAGCUGUAUAACAAAUGGGAUGAUACAUUAAUCUCUAGAACACUUCAUUUUCAAAUGCAGCAAAGCAAUAGGAUGCUACCUGUGUCAUUACCUCAUGCUAACUAACUGAAUAUGGCAGAUCAUUAACAUAGAUUUGAUAGUUUGACAUUGCGCACAUAUUAAUCAUUUUCAGUUUUGUAGACCUUGAUUUGAACUUCGUUUAUAGUGAAAAAUCCAAAAAUUUUGACCAUUGUUUCAUACUUCCCAAGAAGACGUCCCGUAGUCCAGAAAAUUCCGCCUUAAGCCAAAAUAUUUUCUGUUGCCAAAUGGCCAACAAUGUGCUCACAUGUAGGCCAUGCUUUGUACAAAAUUAAAUCUUUUAAAGAUCCCCAUAACAAUAUUAAGAUAAUUUACAUCAUUGUAAUUAUGAGGAGCCACCUGGAAGUCAGAAAGACUUGGGUUCAAGUGCGGUUUCUGAUGUGGAGUUCUGAGCCUGUCAUUUCAUCUCUGGCAACUAUUUCAGACUAAGUUGCUGAUGAGUUUCCAGUCUGCUUUUGUCCACAGAAUUUCCUCUCUAAGAAUUCUCUAUAUCUAGCUGUGUGACCUUGGGCAAGUCACUUAACCCCAAUUGCCCUGCCUUCCCCCCUCCAAAAAAAAAAAUUAUAUCAGUGAAAUAACAGAUCAAUAAGGCCUGCUUGUGUUCAGAUUUUAAUUCUUUUCUCCUCAUAGUAAUCCAAUAACAUCUGAAAAAGUUCUCUAAUAUUUAAUAACUUCCGUACCAGAUAAUAAAAUUAGUGUAAAGAUCUUUAUUUCCAAAUCUCCCUUUAAAAACAGCAGUGUUUUAGGAGUGACCUAAUUUUCUUUUAAAUCUGAGCAAACAAGACUAUUAAAUGUUUUGUGUGAAUAGCGUCUGUGGAAUUUGCAGGAUUCCAAAAAGGAGGGGGAUUCUGCGAAUAGCUUAGUGGAAGAUCUCUUUGGGAGCCUUGAAUUUAAACACACCAUUAGUUAAGAAUAAAAUAUUUCAAGUAAUACAAUGGUUCCUUGUAUGCUCUUAAAAUUCUUGCUGCCUUUAAUAACUUAAAAACGUGCCAUGGCUUAUACCUUUCAGGAAUAUACUGGUGUACAAAUAUUUAUUAUUUUUCAGUUGGAACAGUUUGAAACUUGUUUUGGUUUGCCUUAUCUUGGAUAUCUGCAGUGCAAUGGUGCUUUACUUCAGUAUACUCAAUUUGAAAAAAAAAAGACAAAUUUAGGAAAGUUUUUGAAAUAAAAAUAUUUUUAGCCCUUAAAAUGCUUAAUCUUAGACUCUUAAAAAGUAUGUUGGAGUAUCUUCUCCUUUCAGUACUACUUGUUGUUCAGUUAUUUCUGACCUUGUGGGCCAUGCUGUGCAUGGGGUUUUCUUGGCAAAGACUGAAGUGGUUUGCCAUUUCCUUCUGCAGUGGAUUAUGUCAGUCAAAGAUUAAGUGACUUGUCCAAGGUCUCAAAGCUA